ACCCCAUCAUUACUAUCACCACUUACCAAACCUAAAUUCCAAAGCACUUUUCCAUCUUUGCUUCCUUUUUUCAACCUUCAUUCUCACCUUUUUUCCCUCCUUUGCUUCUUCCUCUCAAAACAACCACACUACACACUCUCUCUCUCUCUAUAUCCAUUCCCAAAAUUCGUUCUUUUUCGCACCAUCAUUCAUGUUUUCUGUAGUUUAUCACACCCUUUAAUUCGCUCUUCUUUGUCCCAACCCAAAAAAGAAGAAGCAGGAAGUUACAGAAAUGGUCUCAACUACUAUUUCCACUAAGAUAUUCCUCCUGUUUUGUCUCUUAUUCUCUCCAGGUCGAGGUGUUUCAAAGAAGGUCGAUAUAUCUAGUGAACAAAAGGACAUAACAACUCCAAUAACAACGAUGCCAACAAUAAUUCCAACCACGACUCCUACUUCAUCAAGUCCAGUACUGAACCCAACUUCGAACCCGGAUACGGCAUCUCCAAUGAUAAUGACACCGAUGACGAUGGCACCGGCAACAACUACGAGCGGGGGAUUGGGGGGAAGCUGGUGUGUAGCAAGCCAAAGUGCAUCAGAAAGGGCAGUACAAGUAGCACUAGACUAUGCAUGUGGGCAUGGUGGUGCAGACUGUGCAGCAAUUCAGCCAGGGGGGAUGUGCUACAAUCCCAACACGGUUCAUGCUCAUGCUUCCUAUGCAUUUAACAGCUAUUUCAGGAAGAACCCUGUUCCUAGUAGCUGUAAUUUUGGAGGCACCGCUGUUACCACCAACAUUGAUCCAAGUAGUGGGACAUGUCAGUAUCAAUCCACAAGCACAACUUCUUCCAUCUUAAACACUACCAAUUCAAAUGGUUCAAAUGUUUUCGGUGCGGUGCCUUACAACCCAUCUCCGCCGUCAGCCGCCGCUGUCAGAUUAAGACCACCCGGGCAGCCCUUUUUCACCACUUUGACAUGCCUGGGCAUAUACUAUCAACGAAGCAGAUGAAGACCUUUUUUUCUUUUUCUUAAAAUCUCUUGGUUGCCACAAGGUUUUAAAAUUUUUAAUGGAAACUAAGGAGAACCAUAUAAAUUGCUUAGUGAAUGGUGAGCAGAUAAAAUGUACUAGAAAAAUGAAAGAAUGAGAGAGAACCACAUUUUAUUUUCCUUUUUCUUUUUCUUUUAACUUUAGGUUGAAAAUGCGUUGGAAUAGAGGGAUGGCUAAUCCAUGUAAUUUUUAUAAUCCCAUUUAAAUUAUGUUUAUAUUAAUAUUGUUAUACCCCA